CCCACCACAGCUCACACAGCUGCCUCUGCUCCAGCUAGGAUGUGGUGCCUCCACACUCUGCUCUGCGUGGCAAGCCUGGCCUCUGUAAUGGCCUUCAAUGUGGAUGUGGCCUGGCCCUGGGUCACACCCGAGGGAGGGGCACCUUUUGUGCUCAGCUCCCUUCUGCACCAAGAUCCCAGGACCAACCAGACCUGGCUCCUGAUCACCAGUCCUAGAACCAAUAGGACAUCAAGGCCUCUGCAUCGAUGCUCCCUCAUCCAGGACAAAAUCCUUUGCCAACCUGUAGAGCAUGUCCACAUCCCAAAGGGGAGGUACCAGGGAGUAACAGUUGUCCGGAACCACCAUACUGUUCUGGUAUGCAUUCAAGUACCAGCCCGGCAGCCCCACAGCCUCAGCUCAGAACUCACAGGCACCUGUAGCCUAUUGGAUCCUGAUCUCCAUCUUCAGGCCCAGGCCAACUUUCUUGACCUUGAAAGUAUCUUGGAUCUGGGUAUACAUGUGGAUGGUGGAGCCUGCCACAGGAACAAAGAAGGCAGCAUGGGAGAGCAUGAGAUCACUGCCAGGCAGCGCCGGGCUCUGGAGGAGCCAGAGGAAGAAGAGGAGGAAGAGGAUGAAACUGGCACUGAGAUUGCCAUCAUUCUGGAUGGCUCAGGAAGCAUUGAUCCCCCAGAUUUCCAGAGAGCCAAAGACUUCAUCUCCAACAUGAUGAAGAACUUCUAUGAGAAGUGUUUUGAGUGCAGCUUUGCUCUGGUGCAGUAUGGAGAAGUGAUCCAGACCGAGUUUGACCUUCGGGACAGCCAGGAUAUGACGGCCACCCUCGCCAGAGUCCAGAACAUUAUUCAAGUGGGGAAUCUCACCAGGACUGCCUCAGCUAUGCAGCACGUCUUAGACAACAUCUUUACGCCAAGCCAUGGCUCCCGAAAAAAGGCAUCCAAAGUCAUGGUGGUGCUCACUGAUGGUGACAUAUUUGAGGACCCCCUGAACCUCACAACUGUCAUCAAUUCUCCCAAGAUGCAGGGUGUUGAGCGCUUUGCCAUUGGGGUGGGGGAGGCAUUCAGUAAGGCUAAGACGUACAGGGAACUGAAGCUGAUUGCCUCAGACCCAGAUGAGACCCACGCUUUCAAGGUGACCAACUAUUCGGCUCUGGAUGGGCUGCUGAGCAAACUGCAGCACAACAUCAUUCGCAUGGAAGGUGCAGUUGGAGAUGCCCUUCACUACCAGCUGGCACAGGUUGGCUUCAGUGCCCAGAUCCUGGACAAGGGGCAGGUGCUGCUCGGUGCCGUAGGGGCCUUUGACUGGUCUGGGGGAGCGCUGCUUUACAACACUUACACUGGCCAGGGCCGCUUCCUGAACCAGACUGCAGUGGCAGGCGCUGAGGCUGCGCAGUACGGCUACCUGGGUUAUGCUGUGGCUGUGCUGCACAAGGCCUGUGGCCUCUCCUACGUUGCGGGGGCUCCACGGCACAAGCAACGUGGGGCAGUGUUUGAGCUCCAGAAGGAGAGCGGUGAGGCCAGCUUCCUGCCAACGCUGGAGGGAGAGCAGAUGGGGUCCUAUUUUGGCUCUGAGCUGUGCCCUGUGGAUAUUGACAUGGAUGGGACCACGGACUUCCUACUGGUGGCUGCUCCAUUUUACCACAUCCACAGAGAAGAAGGCAGAGUCUAUGUGUACCGUCUGAAUGAGCAGGAUGGUUCCUUCUCCUUGGCACACACGCUGAGUGGGCACCCUGGGUUCAUUGAUGCCCGCUUUGGCUUUGCCAUGGCAACUGUGGGGGACAUCAGUCAGGACCAGCUCACAGAUGUUGCCAUUGGGGCCCCUCUGGAGGGUUUUGGGGCAGAUGAUGGUGCCAGCUUCGGCAGCGUGUACAUCUACAACGGACGCUGGGGUGGCCUGUCUGCCAGCCCCUCACAGAGGAUCCAAGCCUCAACAGUGUCCCCAGGACUUUAUUACUUUGGCACAUCCGUGGCUGGUGGCUUAGACUUCAGUGGUGACGGCCUUCCUGACAUCACUGUGGGCACGCUGGGCAGGGCAGCUGUGCUGCGCUCACAACCUGUGGUUCGCCUGUGGGUGUCCAUGACCUUCACCCCCCGUGCACUGCCCAUUGGUUUCAACAGCAGUGUGAAUGUACAUUUGUGUUUUGAAGUCAGCUCUGCAACCACAGCCACUGAGUCAGGCCUCAGAGAGACAUCUCUCAACUUCACGUUGGACGUAGAUGUGGGGAAGAAGAGGAAAAGGCUGCAGUGUUCAGAUAUGAAAGCCUGCCUGAGCUCCCUCCGGGAGUGGAGCAGUGGGUCCCAUCUCUGUGAGCACCUCCUGCUUGUGCGCACAGAGGGAGAGCUCUGUGAGGAGGACUGCUUCUCUAACAUCAGCAUCAAGGUCAGCUACCAACUCCAGACCCCCAAGGGAAGGAGGGGCCAUCCCCGCCCCAUCUUGGACCAGUACACUGAGCCCUCUGCCAUCUUCCAGCUGCCCUAUGAGAAGGACUGCAAGAAUAAGCUGUUUUGUGUUGCUGAGCUACAGCUGGCUACUACCAUCUCUCAGCAGGAAUUGGUGGUGGGUCUCACAAAGGAGCUGACCAUGAACAUUAACCUAACUAAUGCUGGGGAAGAUUCCUACAUGACAAGCAUGGCUCUGAAUUACCCCAGAAACUUACAGUUCAAGAGGAUACAAAAGCCUCCCUCUCCAAACGUCCAGUGUGAUGACCCUCAGCUGGUUGCUUCCAUCCUGGUCAUGAACUGCAAGAUUGGUCACCCCAUACUCAAGCAGUCAUCUGCAAAUGUUUCAGUAGUUUGGCAGCUAGAGGAGAAUACCUUUCCAAACAGGACUGCAGACAUCACUGUGACUGUGACCAAUUCUAAUGAGAGAAGGUCUUUGGCCAGAGAGACCCACAGCCUUCAAUUCAGACAUGCCUUUACUGCAGUUCUUUCUAAACCAUUAGUAAUGUACAUGAACACAAGCCAGAAGCUUUCGGAACACAAAGAAUUCCCCAUCACUAUACAUGGGGAAAAUCUCUUUGGAGCUGAAUUUCAGUUGCAAAUCUGUGUUCCAGUGAAAUUAUUAGGUCUCCAGAUUGUGAAAGUGAAGAACCUUAUGAAGACUCAGGGACUCGGCGCCCGGCGAGGCCGGGGAGCUGAACAGGGAGGCACUGGUGCCCAGCUCGUGGCCGUCUGCGGACCAGCUGCACACGCUGAGGUCCGGACUGAGGUGGUCCGGGCUGCGGCUGGAGAAGGGCAGCGAUCCCAACUGGCCGUAGGGUGUGCUGCACUUCUGCGGGGGCCGAGGUCGCGGACUCGGGCUUCUUGGGCUCACGAUCAGAUUGGACCGAAGUCUCAGCCUCAGACGUCUUGGGGUUCCGGGCAGGCUCGGCUGGUCUUUGGGGACUCGGCCACCAGGGCGCGUCCGCCGUCUACGGACCGGGCUGCCAGGGAAGUCCGGGUCGGCAGGAUCGUCGGAAACGACAGACUGCGAGAGGCUGCCGCUGCUGGUCUCGCUGCUGCUAAAGAAACGCUUCUGGUCCUGCGGCGGGAACCACUGCGCGGCUUCCCUCACCGGGUGCCGCCGCGGCCUACCGCUGCCCGCAGCCCCGUACGUUCGGAAGAGCCGACUGCCUGGUCGCGGGAGUGGAGCCGCCAUGGCUGGCACCCGCCAAGCAGUUCAAACGCAAGCACCGCGAGACUUGCGCGCAAGGCGUACGCCCCCCACCUCCGUUCGCUGGGUCCUAGCGCCCGGCCGUACGCAUGCGCGUCUCGCAGUGGUCGCUUGGGCGCCGGAAGCGGGGCAAAAAACCCUGGCGGUUUAGUUUGCUCAAGUUGGUCGGGGGAAUACCUCUCGUUUCAGACCCAUACUGUGUGCACCCGGAGAGAGGCGCUCACUUGUGGGAACAGUCCGGUUCGGCAUGUGGAAGAAUGGCAUUCGGUGAACUGUACCAUCGCUUCAGAUAAAGAAAAUGUAACCGUGGCUGCAGAGAUCACCUUGGAUCAUGCUAAGCAGUUACUCAGAGAUAUAACUGAAUUGCAGAUCCUUGGUGAAAUAACUUUCAACAGUAGUUUGUAUGAGGGGCUGAAUGCAGAGAACCACAGAACUAAGAUCACUGUCAUCUUCCUGAAAGAUGAAGAGUACCGUUCUUUGCCUGUGAUCAUUGGAAGCAGUGUUGGUGGCCUUCUGGUUUUGAUUGUGAUCAUAGUUAUCCUGUUCAAGUGUGGCUUUUUUAGAAGAAAAUAUAAACAACUCAACUUGGAGAGCAUAAGGAAGGCCCAGAUGAAAUCAGAGGAUCUGCUCAUAGAAGAUUAGUUGCUGCUUCCUCCGCCCCUGGGAGAGACUGUCAACCAGUCCUUGAUAGUCUGGAAACUUGGUGUCCUUGUGCUGAUGAUGACUUUUUCUUCUAGGAUGAUCUAGAGCACUGUCACACAAAUUGUAUAAUUUUUUUUUUUUUUUUUAACUGUACCUUGUGCCAAAGGUGCAUUGUGCAAAAAAUAAACUCGGGAAACAUUGGGUAUUAAAUACAAUUAAACUGUUUUCUUUGUAGUAGUGCUUUUAAUAUGUAGAUAUAAUGUUCUUCAUAAUUUGUACUAAAUUUUGAUGUCUGAUAGAACAAGUUUUUAUUCUUUAGAGAAAUUAUUGAUUCUGUUUUUUCAGAUAAUUCUAGGUAUCAGUUUUUCAGAUUUCCAAAAGAAACCCGUGGGGAUUUUCAUUUAAAUGUACAGGUUGAAAGGCUGGGUGUGGUGGCUCGUGCCUGUAAUCCCAGCACUUUGGGAGGCUGAGAUGGGUGGAUUGCUUGAGCUCAUGAGUUCUAGACCAGCCUGAGCAAGAGUAAGACCCCAUCUCUAAAAAGUAGCCGGAUAUUGUAGCAGGCGCCUAUAGUCCCAGCUACUUGGGAGGCUGAGGCAAGAGGAUCGCAUUGCUUGAGCCCAGGAGUUUGAGGUUGCUGUGAGCUGUGAUAGCACAGUACUUUACUGGGGGCAAGAAAGUGAGACUCUGCCUCAAAAAUAAAUAAAAGUACAGGUUGAGUUGGGAACAUCAUAUCUUUAUAGUAUUGUCUUCCUACUUAGAAAUAAGACAUUUCUCCACUUGCUGAGUUGUUAAAAACAUUCUGCAACAAGAUUUUAUAAUCCUCAAAGGGGUCUUAAUUUAUGAAGACUUAUUUCCAGCUAUAUAAUAUUUUUUUGUUGUUACUGUGAAAAAAAAGUCUUUCCUUUUGAUUGAUUAGAAUUUGUAUUUAGAAUAAUUGUUUUGAAUAUUUUAUCUGGUCAUCUUACUGAAUGAACUCUGUUUUUUAAUAGCUUCUCAGUUAAUGCUCUUGGUCUUUCUUUUGUUUUUUUUUUUUUUUGCAGUUUUUGGCCGGGGCUGGGUUUGAACCCACCACCUCUGGCAUAUGGGGUCAGCGCCUUACUCCUUUGAGCCACAGGCGCUGCCCCUGCUCUUGGUCUUUCUAAGGAGACAGUCCUCUCUGCAAAGAGUGGUAAUUUGGAGUCUUUCUGAUAAUUUGUACUUUUUUCACCAUUACUUCCUUUACUAGGACUUCUAGAGCACUGAGAAGUCAACUCUGUGUCUGACUCUAAUGGGUAUGCUUUUGAUGCUGUCCACUGCCUGCCUCACCUCUGCCUUUGACCCUGACUUCUUCCACUCUGCCUUUGGGCAGUUUCUGAGGUGUGGUUGCAGAAGCCCAGCCCUUGCUCUGGAGCCCCUUAUUUUGCCUGUGUGAAAUCACCAGGCUGCUUGGCACAAUCAGCUUUUCUUUUGGUCAGAUUCCAUCUUCUUCAUUCAGAAAUUCCUAUUUUGGUCCCUUUAUGAUACUGUUCUCUGUUUUCCAAUGCUGCCAUAGGUUUUCUCUCCCUUCUUUCUAAUCUGGGUUGUUUCAGUGGGAUUUGCCUGUGAAAGAAAAUAAAGAGGUAAGUUUUCUUAGUUAUUUUCCUUUUGGAGCUCGGGAGUUGUGCCCAGGAUUUCAAUAUAAUAGGUGACUUGCAGCCCUUGCUUUUAUACCUUUUCUUAGUUGCAAAUAAGACCCCACUCCCACUGUGACAGUGAAGCCUUAUAGUGACCAUCUGUGACCUACUGACUGAAUUGUGCUGAUCUGACUGGCAUUAGAUCAGUUCAAUGUGGUUGUAAUCAGGAGACUAUAUAAGGGAUCAGUCAGUGAGGAGGAAGAGACUUAUGCUGUUGGUUGGGUCGAGAUCUUGUCUUUUUUCUAAAAGAUGCCUUUCUGGUGCCAGGCCUUUCCAAUUUCCUAAUCACCUUUCUAUCCCUGGAAAUGGAGUUCUAAAGCUUGCAUGGAUCCAAGGACAGUGAGUCAUGUUGCAGGGCCCCUCUCCUGCCCAGAAAAAGACUAAGAUGGUAUUAGCAGCGAGGGGAAAAGGACCCCUUACUGAAGGGGCAUGGUUCUCAGCACCCCAGAAAGGUGGCUUUGUCUCAUAUAUGCUCCUUGUGGUACGAGAACCUAAGACGGGAAAAUUCCAUUUUUGUCUAUAAGCGAGAUGUGGGGAUUAAUUCCUCCCUGCUUGCUAAAGCAGCAGAGACGCAGGGGUUAAUUCUUCCCUGCUAGCUGAAAAGGCCUUGAGAUAUGAUUCCCUGAAGUCCGGCAAGGUCUAGCUGGAGAUUUAGCACCAGUCUGGAGCUGAACUACUACUCUUCACUCCCUAACUUCAAAUUACACAAAAGCUUCAUUUAACUUGUUAGGGAGGUGGUGGACAAACAGAAACAGACAACCUGGUGUCCUUGUAGUUUAUCUUCAAGUUAUAUGCUCCAGACUUAGAAAUGACGUGUAGGUGCUUUGCAACAUUUAUGCUGAAGAGAACUUUUUUAUACUAGUCUCAAUUAAUGCUUUUGUUCUUUAUUCUUGCUUAUUCUUAUCUGAUGAGUUUGAAUAUAUAAUACAGUGAAUAAAAAUAAACGGGGCUGUAGGCCUGAGUGAGUCUCAGUCGUCCCUUAAUUAAUCAUUCCGUCUGCAGUGAUAUCUCUGUGUCGUUGAAUGGGCUGGUGGACAGCAACACCUUACAGUUUCUCUGUUUUCAUUUCCCCCGAUAGAGGCUCAUGAGUACAGUUUUAAAUAAUCUUUUUUUCUUGUGACAGCAUCUGAAUUUUGGAUUUGGUUAUUGGAGGGAUGAAAUCAAGUAGAUGUGAAACCCUUAAUUAGUCACACAAGUAAAACUUAAUUAGCUUGUGAGAAAAGAGUGCUCUGCAUGGCUGAGCCCAGCAGUCCUUUUUUUUUUUUUUUCUGGAGACGGAGUCUCACUAUGUCACGCUUGGUAGAGUGCCAUGGCCUCACAGCAACCUCAAACUCUUGGGCUUAAGUGAUUCUCUUGCUUCAGACUCCAAAGUAACUGGGACUACAGGUGCCUGCCACAAUGCCUGGCUAUUUCUUUGGUUGCAGUUGUCAUUGUUGCUGUAGCUGGCCAGGUUCAAAUGCGCCAGGCCUGGUGUACGUGGCUGGUGUCCUACCCUCUGAGGUACAGGCACCGCCUGAGCCCAGCAGUCGUAAAUGAUCUGCAAUAGUGCAUUGCUAUCUCAUACCCUUACAAGGAAGAGCAUUUGGAUAAGAUUUUCUGGGUCUUAUAGCCAUAAUUGUGCCAAAAGUUUGCCAUUACUUGAACUAAGAAAGGAUUUAGUAAAUGCAAUCAAGGAAAACUUACGAUCACUUCGGAGGGUGCACCUAAAUGGACAAGACCCAGCUUAAUUUGGCAAUUGGUUUUUGAUGAAUAGAAAGACAUUUUGUAAGGUAAAUAAUGUGUAGAAACACUGUCAUCGUGAAAUUAGCAUACAAAGUGAAAAUUUGCCUUUGUUACCACUUUGCCUCAUUCAGUGCUCCUCCUUAGAAGCUGAAGUGACCUAGUUUAGCAUGUCCCCUUCUGGGCCAUUUUCUGUAUAUCUGUAGUCAUAUAUAUUAAUAUGCAAGAACGUAGGUUUUUUUUUUUUCCCCCAUAAAUAAGAUUGUAUAUCCUGCCAUUUGUGAUAAUUUGUGACAAUCUUCAAGAAGAAGCUAAAUACUGCUGCUAAAUGCUGGGGAUGGGGUGGGGAAUGGAGAGAGGUGGUAUUUUGGUAAAUGUAAUCUUUGGGGGAAUUAAUGACUUAAAUCUGUAUAGCUCUUUACAUUUGUAAAGAAGCCCUUUUAGCUUUUUCCAAGAGUGGAAUUAAAGACAUUUUUGUGGCUGGUCACAGUGGCUCACGCCUGUAAUCCCAGCCCUCGGGAAGGCCGAGAUUGGUGGAUUGCCUGAGCUCAGGAGUUCAAGACUAGCCGGAGGAAGAGUGAGACCCCAUCUCUACUAAAAAUAGAAAAACUAGCUGGGCGCGCUGGCGAGUGCCUGUAGUCCCAGCUACUUGGGAGGCUAAGGCAGGAGGAUCGCUUGCACCUAGCAGUUUCAGAUUGCUGUGAGCUGUGACAGCACAGCACUCUAUCCAGGGAGACAGAGUGAGACUGUGUCUCAAAAAAAGAAUAAAGAAGCAUGUGUCCUACAGACGCUUUGUGCUUCCAUAGCUGAUCUUUUUUUUUGAGACAGAGCCACAAGCUGUCACCCUGGGUAGAGUGCAGUGCCAUCACAGCUCACAGCAAACUCCAACCCCUGGGCUCAAGCGAUUCUGCCUCCGCCUCCCAAGUAGCUGGGACUACAGGUGCCCGCCACAGUGCUCGGCUAUGUUUUUUUUUGGUUGCAGCCAUCAUUGUUUGGCAGGCCCGAGCUGGAUUUGAACCCGCCAGCUCAGGUGUAUGUGGCUGGCGCCUUAGCCACUUG